UAAAAAAUGGGAGCAAACAAACAACAAACAAAAAAAAAAAACCCCACUGUUUUGCCCAUCCACACACAAACGCUGAAGCCAGAGUUUUUGAAAAUCUCCACCCUGGCUGGAGUUUCGAAAAAGCUCAGUUUUUAAGCACAAAAACUUCUGUUUGCGAGUGAACGACAGGCAAAAACACAUAGAAAAUAUGCGGUUUUAAAAUAUCUGUGUUCGUGUGGCCAGUACCUAUACCCCAGCUUUGACCACCGUGCCAACGUACCUGCCACACUUGCUGCAACUGAAACACAAGGGAGGACAACCUUUAUACGAGCUAACUUGUUCAAGUAAGGUGGCCAACAAACACACUAAUACACUCUGCUGUGAAUUACAUCGUCGGAGAUAGACUGAAAUACUGUAUAAGACUAUCUAUAUUACAUUGGGUACAAACUGAUUGGCUAAAAAGACUGUCAAUCAAAGCUGAGGUAAGCCGCGACAUCCCUUCAAACUUCACAUAAAAAAAGAACAUGAACAUGUUCCUGCCAUAUAAAACGAUGUAAAUAAGCUGCAUUGGUGACAAAUAUUUUAUAGGUUCACAACUGCAAUCGAAUGAUAUCAAACGAGAUGGUGGGGUAAAGCGAGCAUCUUGUGAAGCGAUGUUAUAAAGCAAACAAAGAGGGCGCCAAAGCCCAUCUACAUAAUAACGACUGAAACUAAACCAUAUACAGUAUAAUAAUAAUCACAUAUAAUUACUGGUUUAGGAAAAAUCCUCAAUCAAUAUUUAUCAGUCUGCCUCCCCUCAAAGAUCGUUAGAUAUUAAAUUGUCUAUUUAUCUUAAAUCAGAGUUGAACUUUGAGUGAGUUGCCUUUAAAAGAACCUAGGCUGGUCCGCUGUGCGCAUGCGUAGUUUGCUCGACGUGGAUGGCGGCGACCAUUGGCACUUUGUUGUCCUCCUCCCUGUUUCACACUGGAUGACAGAAAAGGGUCACAAUUGGCCCCCAAAAAUAACACGGUCUGUUUUGUCGUAAAGCUAUAGUUCGUAGACUGACAGAGGAAGCUCGAUGUCGGUGGCAAAUGCGAAGUAUAGUGUCCUUAAACCGGUGGUCCCAUACACAGGAUCUAUACCUGGAGGCCUGCACCCAGGAGAGAUCAUCAUCAUUCAGGGCACUGUGACCCCGGAUGCUGACAGGUUUCAGAUUGACCUGACCUGUGGCGGCAGCACCAAGCCACGCUCUGACGUGGCCCUGCACUUCAGCCCUCGGUUCAAGGGCCCGCCCUGCGUGCGAUGCAACUCCCUGUUGCACGAGAGAUGGGGUCAGGAGGAGACGCUGCAGCAGCUGCCCUACAAGCGCGGUGCCCCGUUCGAGACCAUUAUCCUGGUGCGCGAGGAUGCCUUCAAGGUAGCAGUAAAUGGAGCUCACCUGCUGGAAUACAAGCACAGAGUCCCACUAAACAGGAUCAACACGUUUUCCAUGUCUGGGAAAGUCCAAGUGCAGGCUAUAGGCUACAUCCCAAACUCGGCAAUAUAUUCCGAGUCAGGUGACCUGAGCCUCCCUUACAAAGGCAGCAUACUAAAAGGCCUGAGCCCUGGUCAGCACAUCACCAUCAAAGGACAGAUUAGCGUUUAUCCUCACAGUUUUACCGUCAACCUGCGCAACAGCAGGACAGAGAACAUUGCUCUCCACCUGAACCCUCGCAUGAAGUCCAGCGCAUUCAUCAGGAACUCGUACUUGAAUGAAUCCUGGGGUCAGGAGGAGCGGGAGUUGGUUUUCUUUCCCUUUUGUUCUGGAGAUUACUUUGAGAUGCUCCUCCUCUGCCAAGCGCAUCAGUUCAAGCUGGCGGUGAACGGCUCGCACUUGUUUGAGUUCAGACAUCGGGUGCAGGACCUGAGCAGCAUUGACCAGCUGGAGAUCAUGGGAGACCUGGAGCUUAUGGAUGUCAAAUUGUGGUGAUCAAACUGAUGGUUUGGGUCUCAAAUUCUCAUGUAGUUUAGCUAUCUGUGCUGAAGAAGGACCAGUGGUAGAUGCUGCUUUAUCCAGGAAGGUCAGCAUGGCUAGAAUAUUUCAGCAUGAGCCUAAACGCUAUUUACAGGAUUUACAAAAUCUAGGAUUGCAUUCAUUUCCCUCUCGGUCUUCAACGCAAAUAAUAAAACAUGUAACUGUUGCUCUUUGUGACUUCGCUACCAAGCCAGUUGUUCAUUCACUACACUCGUGUGAGAACGUGGAACCUGUAAUGUGGAACGCACCAAUUGGAAUUCGACUCAUGUUUUUCAGGAAAAAUAUGUCUCUAAUUUCUGUGUGUGAGAGGAAUUAAAAAAGUGUAAAUAAUGUUCUUUCAAAUAACAUGCUGAGUCUCAUAUUUCCAAAAACUACAUAUAGUAUUAUUUUUCUUUUUCCAGGUUUUUGGAUUCGACCCAUUUACAUAUAGAGCUUUCACUUAACAAGAUUCAAAUCUGUUCUGUUUAAAUAUCUUUGUGUUAUGCUGCAUCUACUGAAAAUAAACGGCAAGGUUCAAGAGUGCUUGACAUGGGCGGCAGCGCCCCUAUUUCGCCACAAGAUGUCAGGCGCGAGCUGACAAACCAAACCACUCAACAAGGUUUCUUUAUAGCUGAUGUAAAUAUAUGCACAUAGGAACUAAAAUAUUGUACGUUUAGAAUGCUGUUGGUCUGAUGAAAUUCAGAAUAAAAUUCAUAUAAUCACCAGUGUCUGGUUGAUCACAACAUCAGCAAGUAAGCUCAAUGUAAAAACUGGCAUCUGAUUAAAAAGUAGGUGAUUUAUUUAUAUCCACAGGAAAUAUAAUUUGUAAUAACCUUGGUACAAUACAACUGUCAUUUUUUCCAACAUAAAGCAGGAUGAUAUGCAAUAUGAUGACAUCAACCAUUGCACUGCUGAGUGUACAUGGAAAAAAGGCAGAAAAACACUGUCCAAUCAGCAACAGGCAAAUAGGCGUAAGUCUGUCUGGUGUGGAAAAAGAACGAAAACUGACAGAAAUUCAGCUUUUUGUUUUUCUUACCAAAAAUGUGUCAAAAUAGGUCAUAUAUAUUUUUUGCUUGAGAUGUCUGCUUUGAAAAACAACUUGUGCAGAUUGGAGAUGUUUCCCUUAAAGUCCAAAAGGAUCACGAGAAGAGUAUCGGCACAGCAGAGAGGUUUGGCAAGACGUUUGCUGAGGGCAACUGCAUUCACUUGGGUUCCGUUCAGGUCCAUUGCGUUAUCGGCAGCUCUGUUUAUGCAACCGCAUUGGUGGAAAACUGAAACUCAAUGUGAGCGCUUGUUUGUCAGAUUGUGGCACAUUUUCGGGACCGUGCGCAUGACUUCAGGUUGUCUCCCUCACUGUCAGACAGAGCUGAGCUUGACCAGUCCUCUGACGGAAUCCUCGUGCAGCGAGUCCUGGCUAGCUGGAUUGUAGAAGCCGGCCUGCACAGUGUGGCUGUGGCCCAUAGGGCUGCUGCAAGGAAGCAUACCUGGGGGAGAGGGAAGGUCCUCUGGAGUAAGAAAGUGGUGGUGUGCCACCUGGUCCUGGAGGGGCCGACUGUGGUUGUGUUUGUGGCCAUGCGUGUGAAUCGGCAGCAUGUCGCUGGUCUCCUGGCAGCUGAGGCUAGGUGUGGAGCUAGGAGGUGUGGGUUGCCCAAGGGGGAGUGAAGUGCAGGGACCCCCCAGUCCGAGUGAGGUGCGGCUUGGGAGGGAGCCUCCGUUUUCUGGGGGGGCCGUCAGGAUAACCGGCUCGUUUGUCUGCUGCUGGAGGAGGGGGGUGGCAGCGGCCUGCAAAACGAAUUUAGUGCUCUGAAUGCACUGGUCUUGGUCACACUGGGAGGACACAGCGGAAAGCAGAAAGGGAGCAAGCGGAGAAGAAAAGAGGAAAAUGGAGGGGAUGAAAACAGAAAUGGAAGAAGAAAGACAGGGAAUAUGUGAUUGGAAAGGGGAGAAACAGAAAAAGAUGUUAGUACUGUCAUUAGAACCCACAAAGAACCUGUACACCUGUAGAAAGCUCAAAUGGAGAAAGCUGAAAAACCCAGUUGCUGCCUGCAGAUCUCUGGAGACCAAUAACAUCACAUCCCUCUAAAGCCAAGGUUCCCUUCAUCGCUGGUUGCAAGUACAGUAUUUUGCAUGUAUUUCUGUACUGCUUUAUCGUGUUUACUAAACUUUCCCUUUCAAUUUGGUAUCAAAUUAAUAUGCAGACUUAAAUCAUAGUGAUCGUACAGUAAGUGGACAAAAGUGAAGCUCAAGGUCAACCCACUCAAACAGAAGGAUCCCAUCAUCUGGCUGGAAUCAACGACAUGUAAGACAAAUAAUUUCCUACAGUAUUUAUCAGUGCUCAUGUAACACUUUUAGCAAAGUUUGAACAUGCGAAAUUCAAAUUUUUGAACCAGAAUUACUUACUUACCAUAAAUUUAAUGAACCAAUUUAUCAUGUUGAGUAUUUCAAGUUAAUGAAAAUUCUAAAGGUUUUUGUUUUUUAAGUGUGUGGGAGCAGGGGGUACAUGGCUUCAAGUCAAAUGUCCGAAGGGCACUGAAAACAGUUUGGGAACCACUGCUCUAAAGGUUGUUGACCAGAUUGAGUGGCAGUAAGCAAUCAUGUGAUCCAGCGAUAGAAGGAAGACCACAGAGUGUGCCGAGGUGGCAGGUAAGAACAGAAUAUAGGUGAUGACCAAAAAUGUGGACUUUAGAUUUGUUUGUAUAUCUCACCUGUCUGCCUCAGUCUCACUGACCUAAAAAAAUGAUAUUGAGAUAAUUUAAUACUAUGUGUCAAUUGACAGUGAUGACUGCUUGUUUAAGCACAAAUCUUAACAGCAAAUAACUUGAAUGGGAAACAGCAUGCAGCCAACCACGUUCUCUACUGCUUGUCCUCAUUAUCCUCCCAGCUGACUUCAGUUGAGCGAUGGGGUACACCCUGGACUCGUCGCCAGUCGAUCAUUGGGCACGUAUAGACAACCAAUCACACUCUCAUUCACACCGAUGGACCAGUAACCCAAUAUGCAUGUCUUGAACUGGGGGAGGAAGCUAGAGUACAGUGGACCCCUGCAAAUUUGCUUGUUUUGCUUGUUGUUGUUGUGGAAAAAACCCGCCCAUGUGUGCUUUUUCUCUCCAAUAUAUAUAUAUAUAUUUUUUUACAGAAAACCCAUGUCAUUAACCCUAAAUCAGCAAUCAUGUAUAAAUAUGUGAUAAUAAAGCAGAAAAUGUUUGCAUAAUACCAAACCGCAUGUUGGCACAUGUUGGUGUGAGCUUUGAAUGGCUGAGCGCUUUCGAUUGUACCUUGUACUUCAUGCUGGUGGCGCCACAUCCACCGGGAAGGAGCACAUCCGUCACUUGGAAGUCUUUGUUUGCAAGUUUAAAGCGUCCUCCGUGGUAAUUUUAUCAUCAUCAUUCAUUAGCGGUGAGUACCUAUACAUUUUACAAGUUAAAAUGCGUGUUUGAGUGCAUUUGAGUUUGAGUGUUAUUUCCACACCAUGAAUCAGGAGGUGUUUCAUCAUGUUGACCCUCCUUUGCAUGAUAUGGUGUUGCAAAUGUUGCACUUUGCCGACCGCUCUUUUUUUAUGAUGGUGAGACAAACUUUUUAGCCGCUCCUACUUUGUUGGUGUUCGCCGGGUCCGUUUUCCAUUGGUGUUCACGGUUAUUUGCGAAGUGAGCAUCGAAACUAGGAAGCAAAAUGAAAAAAUGUGAACGAUCCCGGGAGGAUCGCAAUAUUAGUCCCGGUUUUUAUUGAUGCUCGGGACUCGAUGCCCAGCCCUAAGUGUGAACCUAGCCAUUGUGAUGUUGCAACAGAAAAUGGACCUGGGAUCUCCUGACCGUAGCACAGCUGUAAAGGUCAUGCCACAGCAUCUCAAUAGGAUUGAGGUCAGGCCUUUGACUAGGCCACUCCAAAGUCUUCAUUUUGUUUUUCUUCAGCCAGUCAGAGGUGGACUUGCUGGUGUGUUUCUCACUUAAUAAUAAAAGACGUCAUUUAAAAACUGCAUUGUGUUCAGUUGUGUUGUCACUGACUUUGUCACUGACUAAUAUUUCAAUUUGUUUGGUAAUCUGAAACAUUUAAGUGUGACAAAGAUGCCUAAAAAUAGGAAAUCAAGAAGGGGGCAAAUAUUUUUUCACACCACUGUACAGCAAUCCCUCCCCAAACAGUAGCCCUUGUUAUUAUUAUGAUUAUUAUGUUAUUAUUAUUGUGCUCGUUGUGAGAAAAUUUCAACUUGCAAUAAAAGCCUGUUGUU